CUCUUCCACCCUCCUAGUUCUCUCCCCCCCUCUCAUCCAGUCAUCAUCUUGUCUCCCUGAGUAGAAGAAGGAAAAUAGCCAGCAGGUUCAAUACCUCUGUCUUUACUAAUGCUUGGGAUCUUGAAAAAGGAUAAUUGUAUUUUUGUCUGAGCAUGACAAGGACUGCAAACAACUCAGGAUUACACAGACAUCAGCCCCAGCAUGCCAACUGUACAGAGGGGCGCCCACCUCGGAUAAUAAUAGCUUUCAGAUACCAGCUCCCUGCCAGAGCGGCACACUGACAGCAGGACUCCAUAGAAUGGAGCAAGAAUGAGAGGGGAGAGGCCGAGGGAGAAGCAUGAGCUGGCGUCUGGUCAAGUUACUCUCCUUCCUGUUUAUUUGGGAGCAGAUUACUGUGCAGGAAUCAGCACAAUCACAACAACAUGUCCCCAAAGAGUUUGAUUGGCUCAUCUCAGACCGAGGCCCAUUCCAUCACUCACGCAGCUACCUGUCCUUUGUGGAGAGGCAUCGACAGGGCUACUCUACCAGAUAUAAAAUCUACAGGGAAUUUGCCCGCUGGAAGGUGAGAAACGUGGCAGUGGACCGGAAGGAGCCACUCCGUCAUCCUUUACCAUUAAUGCCUGAAUUUCAGCAAAGUUUGCGGCAACUUGGUCGGAGGCCUUCCUCACAACAAAUAACAGAGACCAUCAUCAAGAAGUAUGGCACGCACCUAUUGGUUUCUGCCACAUUGGGGGGCGAGGAGGCACUGACAAUGUACAUGGAUAAAAGCAGGCUAGAUCGCCAUUCAGGGAAUGGAAGUCAGAGUGUUGAAUCUCUUCAUCAUUUGGCAUCAUCAUAUUUCGUGGACAGGGAUGGGACCAUGAGAAAACUUCAUGAAAUCCAAAUAUCCACAGGAGCCAUUAAGGUAACAGAAACUCGGACUGGGCCGCUGGGGUGCAGCAGCUAUGACAAUCUUGACUCUGUUAGUUCAGUGCUACUUCAGAGCAUGGAGAGCAAGCUGCACUUACAGGGUCUACAGAUCAUUGUCCCUCAAUACCUGCGGGAGAAGUUUGUGCAGUCUGCAUUGAGUUACAUCAUGUGCAAUGGGGAAGGAGAAUACGUGUGCAAGAAUAGCCAGUGCUCCUGCCUGUGCUCUGAAUCUUACCCUCAGUGUAACUGCCCUAUAAAUGAUAUACAGAUAAUGGAAAACACACUGGCCAAUCAGGGCAAAGCUUGGGCACAAGCAUACCGAGACUUCGAGAGCUCAGAUGAGUUUAAAUCUUAUAUGAAGCAUUUACCUAGCAGCCAUUUUCUGAGCAUUGGAGCCAUUCACCAGCAUUGGGGCAAUGACUGGGAACUGCAGAGUCGCUAUAAAUUACUCCAGAAUUCACUAGAGGUGCAGCGGCAAAAGAUGCAGCGCACAGCACGCAAACUUUUUGGACUUAGCCUGCGGUGUCGGCACAAUCCCAAUCACCAGCUGCCUAGAGAGUGGACAAUUCAACAGUGGCUGGCUAGAGUGCAGUCCUUACUUUACUGCAAUGAGAAUGGUUUUUGGGGAACCUUUUUGGAGAGUCAAAGGAGCUGUGUGUGCCACGGAGGUAGUACCCUUUGCCAGCGACCCAUUCCUUGCAUUAUUGGGGGAAACCAGAGUUGCGCAAUGUGCAGUAUGGCCAACAUUUCACUAUGCGGCUCCUGCAACAAGGGCUUCAAACUCUAUCGUGGUCGUUGUGAGGCACAGAAUGUAGACUCAGAACGUAGUGAACAAUUUAUGAGUCUUGAGACUGAACUGGACUUUCAAGAUCAGGAGUUGCGCUAUCUUCUGCAGAAGAUGGACUCCCGACUACAUGUCCAUACCACCUUCAUUAGUAAUGAGAUACGAUUAGACACCUUUUUUGAUCCACGCUGGAGAAAGAGGAUGUCGCUCACAUUAAAAAGCAACAAAAAUCGAGUAGAGUUUAUUCACAUGGUUAUUGGAAUGUCCAUGCGCAUCUGCCAGGCCCGUAACACCACCUUAGACCCAAGCUUUUUUGUCUAUGUCAAUCCGUUUAGUGGAAGCCAUUCAGAAGGGUGGAGUAUGCCUUUUGGUGAGCAUGGCUAUCCAAAGUGGGAGAAAACAAGGCUUCAGAACAGCCAGUGCUUUAACUGGACUCUGUUAUUGGGAAACCGCUGGAAGACAUUCUUUGAAACUGUGCAUAUUUACCUUCGCAGUCGCACCCGCCUUCCAACUCUUUUCCGCAAUGACACUGGCCAAAGCCCAGUAGAUCUUUCUGAUCCAACCAAGCGACAGUAUUAUGUGAAGAUCUCAGAAGUUCAGUUGUAUGGUUAUAGCUUACGAUUCAAUCCAGAUCUCCUCCGCAGUGCAGUGCAGCAGGUCAAUCAGUCCUAUUCCCAAAGUGGGCAGUUCUACUCAUCAUCAUCGGUAAUGCUGCUCAUGUUGGAUAUUCGUGAGAGGAUCAAUCGCCUGGCCCCACCUGCCGGACCAGGCAAACCCCAGCUGGACCUUUUUUCUUGUAUGCUGAAACACCGCUUGAAGUUGACAAACAGUGAGAUCAUACGUGUAAACCACGCGCUGGAUUUGUACAACACUGAGAUUCUGAAACAGGCUGACCAUAUGACAGUGAAAUUGUGUUAACCCUCUCCUCUGCCUCUUUAUAAGGACCCCCGGGUCAAAUGUUUAAUAUCAGAGUUCAGUGGUCCACCUUCUGGAGAAUUUCAUUGGUCUGAUUUCAUCACUUUCAUUGACUUGGAGAUCUCUUCUAUUUCCAUACAGAUGUAAAGUCCAACUUACUGUCUGACUAUGAUUAUGUUGCACUGUAUAAAAUGAGUAUAUUUACAUACUUACAUCUAAGGUAUUUUUUAAAAUAUUGCAUAAGCGCCAUGCAGUCAAAGAACUGGCCACUUCUCUGUGCAGUAUGAACAUACUUGCACAACUAGUACAUUUUUAUGUUAAAUACUAGUAGUAAACAAGGGGAAACACAGAGGUUACAUGUUAUACAUACUACAGUGCUGUAAUAUUAUCAUAGUAUUGUCCUUGUUUGUUUCCCAGUCCCAUCCCCGCGUUUGUGCUGUUUCGCUGUAUGUAUGUUUCUACUGCGCCUCGAGGUGCAUCACAUUAUCAAAUGCUGCAAAUAUUGUCAUUUUAAUGAAGAGUGUUGCGUUAUUUUUGCUCACAUGUGCUUAAUUCCAGUAUUUAUUAAGCUAUGCAAUCUUAAAUACAUAUCUGUAGAAACAGUGUACAUGAUUUUGUCUAAUCUUAGCCUAAUCAUUUAUAAAACUUUGCUUAUUGUUUACGUUUGUAUUUUACGACAAGUCUUUGUAACCCCCCCUACUGGUAAAUAGUUCAUUCCUAUGCCUGCAUCAAUCCAGGGCAAUAUCUGCUCUGCUGUUGUUGAAUGUACCUUUUAGCUAAGUACAUCGACCUAUGGUCUUAUUCCCCCAUAUGCUGUUAUAAAUAUACACAUAAAAGGGGAGAAAGGGACAUGUAACCAUGUCCCAGAUGCACGUCACAUAUUAGAUAGAUGAUAGAUAGAUAGAUAGAUGCCGUAGUUAGAUAUGAAUCUUUUAGAGAUUCCUGAUAAUGACUCUUGAUUGUCCUCAAUAUCAGAAUUAAAUGCAAAGGAGAAAGCCAACUUACUUUGACCCUGGCCUCAGAGUCAAAAGGAAAAAAAUAUAGAUUUAGAUUCCAAGUCACUGCACUUUAUCUGUUUCCUAUACUGUACAAGACACUUUCUGAUUAUGAUUCAUAUCUAUAUAUUGCACAUUGAUACCAAGCCAUUGUAAACCAUUUUAUUUUUCAAUAUUGCCUCUCAGAGAACUGACCAAAUUGUCAUGAGUUUAGAAAUCGUGGAGUUAAACGAAUACACUGGCAUCUCUUAUUAUUUUGCUGAAAAUGCUUACAAUGUUCAUUCUAUAUUUGCGACUUUCAGGUAACUGGAAGUAUGUAGCCAUACUCUGUAUUGAUUCAGCAUACUCAUUUUCAGACAGUGCCAAAUAUGAACUGCUGCCCUGAAGGGAUGCACAUUCUCAGAAUUACAAAAUGCACAAUAACCUUAACAGAAUUUGUGUUAUAAAGUCUUUAGUUUUCAGGAACCUCACUACAUAUCAAGGACACGUAUCAUCUAAAAGCUUUACCAUCCAACAGACUAUAAGAAAGUCCGCUUUAUUAUGAUUCACCAGCGAGUCACCUGACGCAGCCACCAAGCAACUCUCUAAACACCAAUCCCACCUCUACAUCCAUAAUGCAGAUUUCCCCCGAGCCUGAAUAAGACAAUCACCAUCCAAGGAAGGGGAAAAGAGAGAGAAGCACAUAUCUGUUUCCAGGACAUUAAAGUGGGAUUAAUCUAAGACGUUUCAAUACUCAACUGACCUCCUACACAAGCUUUGAGAAACCAGCAGUGAUGGGGUUUAACUGCCAUAUACAUAAACAUUUGCCCCCCAAUGAGGGAGAGAAUCUUCGUUUUUUUUGUUCUGUAAAAGAAAUUUGUAAAAUGUUAUAUAACAGAUAAUAUCAGUAAUGACGGUGAUUAUACAGCAAGCCUGAGGGUGACAACCUACUCCCUAAGUGCUGGAAUGUUCCACCUUAAAGACUCAUAAAAUACUGGCAUAAUACCAUGUUAAUCUGGCUGUUCUUUUGGUGAAGAAUGAAUGAAAAAAGGAUGCAUUACAUUGGGAAGAAAGUGGGGAGUAGUAGUAGGAGUCUCUAAAGUAUUUUUGGGCACUGCAUGUUACUGGUGAGAGAAAAAAAAGAAAUAAAUGACAUCUUUAAUGGUAAAUAA